AUGCUGGUAACUAUUCACAAGGUCGCCACCGCACUCCUCUUCGCCUGGGCUGCCUCAGCAGCGCCGACAGGUGGCUCCUGUCCGGCGACGCGGCCAAGACCAGCCGCCUGUGCAGCCCAGCUUGAUGCCAAUGAGAAUGUCAAUUGCAUUGCCAAAGUGAAUGGCAAUGAACUGGAGGUCAAAGUUGUCGGCCCAGAGAACGGCCCAGCUAUCGUGGUCAUGCCUUCAACCUUUGGCCACGGCUACUGGUAUAUGUUCAAGGCUCUGGAGUCGUUGUUCGCUCAGUACCGCUUUAUCUUUUACGAUGCCCGCGGAUCCGGCCCUUUCUCUUCGAAGCCCGAGAAUCCGAUUGAAACCAUGGCGACAGCGGCUAUGGCUGAGGACGUCGAAGGCAUCCGUACUCUGUUUGGACUGGACCGGGUCAACAUCUUCAGUCACUGCCAGGGCGCGACCUCUGCGCUCAUCUAUGCCGAGAAGUACGCCGACAAGGUGGCCAAUCUAUACCUUGCCGAGACCAUUCUCCCCGACGGUGUCAGUCCUGAAGAUAUCACGGCCUACCAGGGCAAGGUUGUCGGUGAUCUAUCCGAGCAUAACCCCACCGUUAACUAUACCGACUCGCUCGCUCUGCUUCCAGUCAUCGUCAACCCUGAUGACCCGGGCUUCCCCAAGGACAAUGCCAUGGCCUGGGCAGCUAUCAAGACGACGUCCAAGCUAUACUUCUGGAACGCUGAGCGUCACCAGCUCUUUGUCGACCAGAUGGAAGACCCAAACGCGCCGCCGUUCAGCCAGUUUGCCAUGGAGUGGAACACACGGGCCGAUAUUGCCGAACCUCCCCAGGUUGCUCCCCUUUUGGCCCAGAUCAAGGCCCAAGUAUUCCUCUUGCACGGCGACGAGGACGGCGCGUCCCCUAAGCCUUAUUUUGACUUGCUCGUUGACACCUUGAAUCUCACCGAGGCGAGCGCUGUACUGGCGCACCAGGCUGGGCACAUUAUCUGGGACGACGCAAAUGACGUGUUCACUAAGACCGUCACUGGUUGGUUUGAUAAGCUGUAUGCUGAAAAUGGGGAAAACGAUGAGUGA